AUCCAGUGGAGGUCGGGCGCGAAAGAAGAUGGAGGUUUAGUGACUGUGUGGUAGAGCAGGAAGACACAGACAGAGUUUUAUUUUCUGUUUUCCUUUGUUAUACUUUGUUUUCUACACUCGGGCUCCGACAUGGACAUGAAGAAGAGAGUCAGCCAGGAGCUGAGGAACAGGAACCCCGCUGAGGUAGUGGAGCUGGUGGUGGAUAACUGUCAGUCAGCUGACGGCGAGGUGGAGGGUCUGACAGACGAGUACACAGAGCUGGAGAUCCUCAGCAUGGUGAACAUCGGCCUCAGCUCGCUCUCCAAACUGCCCUCUCUGCCAAAACUACGCAAGCUGGAGGUGAGUGAUAACAUCAUCUCAGGCGGUCUGGACACGCUGGCGGAGAAAUGUCCAAACCUGACGUACCUGAACCUGAGCGGGAACAAGAUCAAAGAGAUGAGCAGCGUGGAGGUUCUGCAGAACCUGAAGAACCUGAAGAGUCUGGACCUGUACAGCUGUGAGGUGUCCUCGCUGGAUGACUACAGAGAGAACGUGUUCGAGCUGCUGCCUCACCUCACGUACCUGGACGGAUACGACGAGGAGGACAACGAGGUCCCCGACUCUGAGGGCGACAACGACGAUGAAGCCGGUCCCCAUGACGACGACGAUGAUGAUGAUGAUGAAGAGGACGAGGUUGAUGAUGAGGACUCUGAGGGCGAGGAGGAGGAGGUGGGCCUGUCGUACCUGAUGAAGGACGGGAUCCAGGACGAGGAGGACGAUGGAGACUAUGUGGAGGAGGACGAUGAGGAAGAGGAGGACGAGGAAGAUGGAGACCCUGACGUUCGAGGGGAGAAGAGGAAGAGAGAAGCUGAGGAUGAAGCUGACGACGACGAUGAUGAAUAAUCCAAUCACCUUCACACACUGAAACACCUGAACGCCCCACAGACCCCCCCCCCCCAUUGAGUUGCAGACUGACAGACACACACUGAUGAUGUCAUCAAACGUCCUCUUUGUUACCACGGCAACAACAAUAGAAGUCCUCGACACCCCGUAAUGUUUUUAAUGAACAAACAAACCAACAUGAAGUCAGGUGACCUGUCAGUCUGCGGCUCUCCACGGUCUCUGUGGUCCUGGUCUGUAAAUAGAAGCGGUCUCUGUAGUCUCUGUUUGUCGUCUGUUUGAAACUUUAAUUUUAUUUUUUUAUUCCUGUGUGACGUGAGGCUGAGCGCAAAAACGUUUUUCAAUAAAAUCAAACCUGAAACAGAAAA